GAGCGUUCAUGGCUGGACGACACUCACUUUUUUCCCCUCUCUUCCUCCUCUACUUUUAAAUCAGGUCUCUGUUCUUAUUUAAGUCUAGAAUAUAGAGUUAAGUUGCACAAAGUGUAGUGUGCGAAAAUAUUGGUCCCUUUUGUCCAUUAAACUCCUAAAGUGGCUCUUUUGCUGACUCGGUGUUGCACUGUUACCGUUACACGAUAUACAUAGAAGACUAGAUGCCUCACCACGUAUUCCAGAACGUCCACACAGGGCGGCCAUCUUACCACAGGCAAGCUUUUCCACAGAAUUUGUGGUACACUGAGUGGUCUGAUUAGGCAAUCAUAGGGCCAUAAAUUCUUGCUGCGUCUUGGUCAGGAGACUGGCAACACGACAGUCCAUCUCACCUCAUGCCACUGUGGGGAAGCGAUGCACUGCAGCAUAGCACUCUAGGAACCAACUUCUAAGCGUGAUCGAGUGAGAGUUGAAGAGCGAGUGAAGAACUGGAAAAGGGAGCGGGAGACAGUUCAUCGCUGGACAUGUCAUACAGCAGCCAGACUCCGCCCAACUCCAGCAGUGACAGCAGCAGCUCUACCUCAGCAUCUCAGUAUGCCAUGGCGGCACUGGGUGUGGGGCUGCUUGUGCUGGGCAUCGUGAUGAUCCUGUGGAGCGUGGUGCCUGUUGAUGCAGGCGUAAACAAUUCUCAGACUAUAAACGGACAAGUUAGGAACACGUCAUCAGUGGGCUUUGUUCUGCUGGGCACAGGAGUGGCCAUGCUGCUGCUUUCAUUUUUCCUCGGCAUACAAAACAAAUACCGAGCACAGAGACAACCAAGCAGCAAUUCUAACACAGAGCAAAGACAGCAGGGAGAGAGGCAACCGGACGAAGCCGAGCAGUACACAGUACCCAGUUAUGAGGAGGUGGUAGGAAGUGCUCAGUACCCCAUCAGCCAGUUCUCUCCACGGCAGAACAGCACCACCCAACUGCCAGCCUACGAUGAACUGGUGGAGAUGACGCAGGACGAGGUGGAGGGCUCUGGUCCAUGCGCACGCAAGAAUGGAGCAGACAGUUUGAACACAUACUCGACACACAUACUCCCUCAUAGGACCGAAGGCUCCAGAGUGAAACUGGUCUCACUUAAAGUAAGGAGGAAGAGCUCGAGCAGCACGCCACAGGUCGCUGUCUCCAGCAUCGAACCUCUCACUCCUCCACCGCAGUAUGAAGAAAAUCCCCCAGAGCUCCCACCAGCAGCACAGUGACCAUGUCAGCGCUAACUCUUUCAGCAGGAAGUGUGUGCUGUGAUUAAACAUGCAGGAUGAUUCAUAACGUGCAUCACAGCUUCAUUCGUCACUAUAUACAGGAGAUGACUGUGACAAUGAUGCAGUUUUGUCUCGACUGAAUAACUCUGAAAGCUUCUAUAUCUCAUAGCUGAGGAAGAGUGUACUUCCUGUUUAUUCUAUCUGAAGAAUGUUUCUGAGCUGGAGAUUACAAAAGACAAACAGAAACAUGGGAAAAGUUUUCGAAAGAAAUCUCUAAAGGAAGUGUAAUUAACACACUCAGGUAACACGUGCCAGUGUUCUCUGCAUUAGUCUUCUCAAUAAUUUGUUAUUUAAAAAACACUUUUUUUCUAUAACCAGCUUCUUUGCCUCAACCUCAAGACACUGUAUUAAUGCAAGGCUCUGCCUUUAUGCUGUAUUCUGUCGUUCAUACCCAUCUGAAAAAGUGUUAAAUUAACGAUGAAACAGGGUUUUUCAUUUUACAAAUGAUGUUUUUAUUCCAUACAACUCUAGUGAUUUUCAAAUGAAAUCACUGCGAGAGAGCACCGUGUGGUUAAAGGUCAAUACCACAUGCACCUGAAGCAGAACCUAACAGCCAAAGUAUGACAUGAAAUAGUUAAAUACUGUAGUGAGUUUCAUGAGCACUUUGUGUAAUGGAGUCGACACAUUGUGUUCGCGUCGAUGUUCCAUCUGUGCUCCGCGUUAGUCCCCUUUAUUGAGUGUGAGACUAGCCCUUGUUACCAUAGUGACAAGCAGUGAAGUCAUGAAUGCGCAAGUGUGUGUUUUGUGUGUCUGCUUAGGAGAGAAGACAGGGAAACUCUUUCACCCUGCAGCUGCAUGUUGUAUCACACACUGUCUCGCUUUUGCUCUUUCACUGUUACUAGCGUGUACACACACGCACACAUUUGUUUUACAAUCCUUGUAAGGACCUUCCACUGACAUAAGUAUUAAUGCAGAUAGUUAAUGCUAUGCCUACACCUAAACUUAAUCAUAACCUUAACCCAAGCAACCAAAAGGAAACAUUUUGACUCUUUCAGAUGUCCAUGCUGUCAUAUAAAAGUUGUCGGAUAUUUCUAUCCUUUUGUGGACACUUGUCUCCCACAUACACAAUACGGUAUGCCCACAAAUAUCUUGUUUAGAGAAAAUAUCUUUAUGGGUGAAUCUGUCUAACAGUUCCUCUUAGAAGAUUACUACAACUCAAAUAUAAGAUUAUUAUUAUUAUUAUUAUUAUUAUUAUUAUUAUUUACAUCCGCCCUGUGAUGACCUGGCGACUUGUCCAGGGUGUACCCCACCUUUCGCCCGUAGUCAGCUGGGAUAGGCUCCAGCUUGCCUGCGACCCUGUAGAACAGGAUAAAGCGGCUACAGAUAAUGAGAUGAGAUUAUUUAAUCCCUGCUCCGAAGGAUGGCGGGUCUACUGGUUUACCGCUAUCCGUCCAUAUCUCCGUCCAUCCAAAACACCCUUUUUCUCAGCAACUACAAAUCAUAGCCACUUGGUACCAAACUUCAGCUUGGGGUUCUAUACCGUGUAUACCGUUUUCAGGUCUGUCGCACAUCAACUUCCUGUUUACCAACUGAAUGUAUUUACGAAACAUUUGGAGGAUUUUGACACUAUUUUAAGAAGCAAAAUGUUUUUGCAAAAUGGUAGUUUAUUAGGAUGCUAUUUGAAAUCCCUGGGGAGAGUAGUAGUAGUACAACCCCUGGCAAAAA